AUGCUGGAGACCUAUAGGAACCUCAUUACUAUAGGAUACAUUUGGGAAGAACAUAAUAGUAAAGAACAUUGUCAACGUUCUAGAAGACAUGAAAGGAAUAAAAAAACACAUGAUAGUAAGAAAUCCUAUGAAUCUAAUCAGUGUCAUAAAGCCUUUGCUCAUCACAAUUCUCUUCAAAUGCACAAAAGGACACACACUGAAGAGAAACCCUGUGAAUGUAAUCAGUGUGGUAAAGCCUUUGCACAGCCUCGUAAUAUUCGAUUGCAUAAAAUAACACAUUCUGGAGAGAAACCUUAUGCAUGUAAUCAGUGUGGUAAGGCCUUUGAAGGGCCUCAUACCCUUCAAUUGCAUAAAAGAACAAAUACUGGAGAGAAACCCUACGAAUGUAAUCAGUGUGGUAAGGCCUUUGCUGAAAACAGUACUCUUCAAAAGCAUAAAAGAACACAUACUGGAGAGAAACCCUAUGCAUGUAGUCAGUGUGGUAAGGCCUUUGCUCACUACAGUGCUCUUCGAAUACAUGAAAGAAUACAUACUGGAGAGAAACCCUAUGAAUGUAGUCAGUGUGGUAAGGCCUUUGCUCAACACAGUGGUCUUCAAAUGCAUGAAAGAACACAUACUGGAGAGAAACCCUAUGAAUGUAAUCAGUGCGGUAAGUCAUUUGCUCGACACAUUAAUCUUCAAAUCCAUAAAAGAUCCCAUACUGGAGAGAAACCCUAUGAAUGUAAUCGGUGCAGUAAGGCCUUUGCUCGACCCAGUAAUCUUCAAAUACAUAAAAGAACACAUACUGGGGAAAAACCCUAUGAAUGUAAUCAGUGUGGAAAGGCCUUUGUUGAAAACAGUGCUCUUCAAAGGCAUAAAAGAUCACAUACUGGAGAGAAACCCUAUGAAUGUCAUCAGUGUGGUAAGGCCUUUGCACAUUACAGUAAUCUUCAAACGCAUAAAAGAACACACACUGGAGAGAAACCUUAUGAAUGUAAUCAGUGUGGUAAGGCCUUUGCACAUCAUAGUCAACUUCAAAGGCAUAAAAGGACACAUACUGGAGAGAAACCCUAUGAGUGUAAUCAGUGUGGUAAGGCCUUUGUAGAUCACAGCAAUCUUCAAACGCAUAAAAGAACACACACUGGAGAGAAACCCUAUGAAUGUAAUCAGUGUGGUAAGUCCUUUGUUCAACACUGUCAUCUUCAAAGGCAUCAAAGAUCCCAUACUGGCGAGAAACCCUAUGAACGUAAUCAGUGA